AUGAAAUCUGUUCUUAUGAUGGCCCUCGGCCUGAUGGCCACAGCAGUCAAUGGCCAGUCGUAUGCCUACUCGGAGACCUCCCAGUACGGCGUCCAGCAUACACCUCCAUUGUCGACUUCGGCCGCCGGCCCGACCCUGGCAAGCAGCUACAGUUACACGGCCCACCCCUACCCGACAGUUCUGCCGUCUACUUUGUCCCCGUUGUCAUCGGUUACCUGCUCUGAGACGCAGUCGGUGCGGCCGGUGCAGUCUACCUCGGAGUCCCUCCAGACGUCACCAUCCACAUAUCUGCCGCCGCCAACGACGUCCUCGACGACCUCUGAGUCGUUGACCUCAUCCUCUGUGUGGCAGCCCCCUCCGUAUGGCUCCGCCGGCACGUCUGCACCUUCGUCGGUGCCUGGCUCGGUGUCUUCGUCGGCCCAGGCCACUUACGGCACCAGCCCGCCGCCUGUGUACUCCACCAACUGUGUGCAUUCGUCGUACGCUUGGAACACUACUGCCGCGGCUAGAAGUGUUGCCAGCAGCGUCACAGGCAGCACCACCACCACAACGGACUGCCCGCCGACCUCUGUCACCUCGACGGGGAGUACCAUUGGCACGACGACACUGCCUCCCUAUGGCGGCAGUGGCGGUGGCAACAGAAACGGCGAUGGUGCCGAAACAUCGUCAUCCAGCCCCGUAUUCUCUGGCCAGGCCACAGGCGCCAACCGCAGCUGUACCUUGGCGAUCCUGCUCAUGGCCCUGGCCUGUGGUGCUUCUUUCUUGAUGUGA